AUGCUGGAGUACUUAUACUACUUUGCUGGUGGCUACACCAGUCUAGUGAUCGGCCUCUACAUGCUCUCGUUCGCGAUACCCAAGGCGGCCUUCGUGGCGCGCAUACUCGCAUCAUACAUCUGCCUGCUCGUCGCGGCGAGCUUUGGUGUCGUGUGCUCAAUCAUUCUGCGACUUUUCGGGGCUGAGCAAAAUGCGCAACAUUACACCGCCCGAGUCUUCAUGUGGCUUAUGCUCUUCGCCACCGGCGUCACGUUCGAGAUUAUAGAUCCGAAAGGCCACCUCUCAAAAGAAGAGAACCGACCGGCAGUUCUGGUCGGCAACCACCAGACCGAGUUGGACGUGCUCAUGCUGGGCUGUUUGUUUCCUGAGCACUGCAGCGUCACUGCCAAGGCUAGCUUGCGUCGAACGCCUUUCCUUGGCUGGUUCAUGAGCUUGAGCGGAACGAUAUUCAUUGAUCGCAAGAACAGUGCGGAUGCGCGACAAGCCAUGAGCGGUGCAGUCACUCAAAUCCGGACAAAGAGGCAGACCGUCUACAUAUUUCCCGAGGGCACGAGGAGUUAUACUCGAGAGCCGAUGCUUUUGCCGUUCAAGAAGGGUGCCUUCCAUCUCGCUGUCCAGGCCCAAGUGCCCAUCGUGCCGUGUGUGGUGGCGAAUUACAGCCACGUGCUCUGGAUCAAGGGUCUGGUGUUUAACGCCGGCAAGAUUCCCGUCAAGGUUCUCGAUCCUAUCCCUACUACGGGCAUGACUGCCGCGGAUGUAGAUGGACUCUGUAAAAAGACGUACGAUUUGAUGCACCAGGAGCUCAUCACUCUGACCUCCAAGGCCCGUGGAGAGCCCGUCACGGUUCCGUCGUCGAUGAACCCCACUGGCAUUAUCGAGCCAACCAAUGGAAAACCGAAACACGCAUCAUGA